ACAAAAACACGCGGAGCGCUCGGUCACAUGUAGAGCGUCCACGAAGGAGAGGAAGGACGGAGGGAAGCGGCAGUUGGUCCCAACGUUACCGGUGUUCAGGCAGCAGAGACCCCCGCUGAGGUUACCCGCUCCUGUCGCUCCCUCCCUCCCCCGCUCCGCUCCGCUCCGUGCGCUCCUCAUAUGGUUCUCCUCCGGCACAUCUCCAUCGCCCUGACCGCCGCCGUGGCUGCCCUGGGCUCAGCGCUCUUCAUCGCCUUGAACUACUUCUACAAGAGGCGAAUAUGGUCACCACAAGCGGAAUACUGCACGAUCAAGGAGGAGGAGGAGGAUCGUGGGAAACGUCAGGUCCUUGUCCUCGGUCUGGACGGGGCCGGGAAGAGCAGCAUGCUGCAGGGUUUGACCCCCGGAGAGCCGGCGGCUAAGAGAGGCCGCUGCCGCCCCACCCGCGGCUUCAACUUCAUGAGUCUCAACGCCCCCGCCUGUCAGCUCGACUUCCUGGAGAUUGGCGGUGGGGAGGACCUGCGGCGGUACUGGUCCGAAUACCUGAGAAGGACUCAUGUUCUGGUGUACGUGGUGGACUCCUCUGACAGGAGCCGCCUCCCAUUGGCUAAGACUGAACUGCACCGCCUCCUCAGGGUGGAGCCUCAGCUGCCUGUGGUCAUCCUGGGAAACAAGCAGGAUAAGCCCAAUGCCGUGAGCGUGUCGGAGCUCCAUGAAGCCUUGUCUCUGGGCUCUGUGAUCGAGGACAGGAAGCUGUUCCUCUUGGCUGCCCAGCUAGGCUCGGAUGGAGCCCUGAGGAACUCCUGCCGGGGCCUGGACACCUUCCAGGACCUCCUGCUCCAGCUCAUCUGAUCUCAUCUCCCCCAACAGAGCUGCAGAGGAGGAGAUGGAGGGACAGAAACAAAGUAACGGCUCGAAGAUAUCUUCCCCCUCCUUGUUUAAGCUCUGGCUCAAAGGAGGAGGAGGAGAUGACGAAGGCUGCAGGAAUUUCCAUACCAAAAAAGAGUAGAUUGAGAAGAUGCCAGUACUUCCUGCUGCUCCUUCUCCUCAUCUGCUUCUUAAUCAUUUUCAGACUACGUCAUUUUAGAAAAAGCAAAAUCCUCCUCCUCUUUCAGCUCAUGUCACUUACACUUUUUAUCCAAAUUGUCUUACUCACUGAAGAGGAGGAGGUGAAGAGGGAGGAAGACGAGGACAGAUGGUGGGACAAAAAGAUGAGGGUUUGUUCACCUCCUGCCAGUGACUCAGACUUGGGACUAGUCUUAAUGUCAACUUGUGACAGGUUUAUUUAAGCACGUAGAUUGCACUGUAUAUAUAUAUGUAUAUAUAUAUAUAUAUAUAAAAUGUGAAGUGUCAAGUAUGUAGAUGCACAUACAGAUUUUCGUCUGGUUUGCUGUAACUUGAAAACCUUUUUGUGUGUGAUCAGAGAAAUCAGCAGAGCAGAACAGGCAACAUUCAGGGUUUGCCAGGUUGGAGCCCCCAGAGACUAAAGCUGCACCAGCUCUGUGAAUUCAUCAACCGGGUCUUAAGAAGAUACUCGCCGACUUCUGCACAGAGGCUUUUCUGAGAUCUAGGAGAAUUUUGCAAGGGAAUUUAAAAGGACCCCUUGACAUUUUGAAAAGAAGUGUGAUGUUUUUUUUCUCACGACUCUUGUCAGACUGUGGGGGGAAAGUUUCUACACUUUUCCAUGACUUUCUUCACAGCAGCCUGAGAACAUCUUAGGCAUUUUCAUUUGAAACUAGAUUUUCUUUGGGUAUUUUUUUUUUUUUUUUUUAGCGAAACACUUAACAAACACAGCCAUCUAGCACAUAUCACACUCAACUUUGCCUUUUCCAAACAGACAAAUGAAUGCGUUAAAUGUACAGUUUCUUUUCCAGAUGACAAUUAAAACAGAACUUUGUACAGACACAAUCAGGAGUCAUACAAGGUCAUAGGUCAAGGUGAAAGGCAGGUCAAAACCUUCUCUCAAUCAGUACCUAACGCUCAUCUUUAGCACAGUUUUGCUUUAUAAUUACUGACCGUUAGCUUACCAGGAUAACGCUAACAAACAGGCUAAGCUUCCUGACUUUUUCCCCACCUCUCUGCAGCUUUGUGUCUUUUAUCGACAACACAUGACACACAUUGAAACAGAUCACUGGAGCAACAAGAGAGAUAGAUCAAUUCCUUAACAAAUUAAACUAAUCAAACCUAACUUGAGUCCAGAGAUUUAUGCAACACAACAGCCCAACACCAACCCGAAAAAUGUUAUUUUGACUGCACCCUUCACAUAGCAAAACUUUAGUCCAAUAUUUUUCUUUUUGUCAAUAAAUCCCAGAGAAAGGCCAGAAUUAACGAUGUGGUUGUCCCUGUCAAUACUUCCCUACCCUGCCUGUGACUCUCAGUGCCAAGCCCAUUGGUUCCUGCUGAGGACAUAAAUCUCUAAAAACAGCUCACAGAUGUAUAGAUUCAUUUUUUUUAAAAGGUUCAGUAAUUUCCUAAAACAGCUGUGGUAAAAUGAAGGAUAUAGUGCAUUCGUUGGGGAUUAUUUUCAGCGUGGGAGGAAUACACAUUUUGUGCUCUAGAGGGUAUUUCAGGCAGUUUCCAUCCAAAUGCAGUGCAAAUUUCAACUGUAAUUCCAGAAAAUUGCUAAAAGAAAAUGCAAAUUAUUGCGCAUUUCCAUUCACUGCUGUUAUACUAAUAUUAGGAGUUAAUGUGUUGAUAUAUACAGCUGGUGGUGCAGAAGAAAAGGGUGCAACAAGAUGAUCUCAAUAGGCAAAAAACAACGUAAAAAAACAUGAUGGAAAUAUGACAUUCUGUUUGUUUCAUGUAUUAAUUUGAGGAACGUUACAGUUUCCUCAUCGCUCCACAAGGAUCUGAUGUUUUCGUCUCUUCGAUCAAAUGAAAAAUGCCUUUUAAACCCUUUUAGAUCACAUCCCUGGUCAUAUUGUGCACCUAUUUAA